CGAAUGGUUGUCGUGGACGAUAUGCUCUGUUGUUCUUAUCCUUAACAUCAGAUUACCUCGCAGUCCCAACAUCGCUGCAAGUUAUAGAAUUUCAGGUAUAUUCACACUCCCUCUCUCCAAAUUUCAAUUUUUUUUUGACGUAUACGCAGUAUUUUAUUUUUUGAUUUCCAGUUUCCACUCCUGAUUUUUGCUCUCCAAAUGUCUAAAUCAAAGUUUCAUUCCUUACGGUUAUUUCUUGUUGGAUUAUGAUGAAUCUUUGUAGGAACUAGAAAUUGUGGUGUUCUUAGUCUCAUGGAUGGAAUGAUUAGACCUCGGCUCUACAGCUGCUGCAACUGCAGAACUUGUGUUUCUGUUCAUGAUGAUAUAAUCUCGAAGGACUUUCAGGGAAGGAAUGGAAGAGCCUUUCUGUUUUCUCAUGUGACGAAUGUCGAUGUGGGGAGAAAAGAAGACAGACAACUAACAACCGGUCUUCACACGGUGGCUGAUGUGUUCUGUACAGAUUGCGGGGAGCUGUUGGGGUGGAAAUACGAACGAGCAUACGAGCCAACACAGAAGUAUAAGGAAGGGAAGUUCAUUCUCGAGAAGUCAAAAAUCGUUAAAGAUGAUUGGUAGUAUUUCAUCUGAAUCACCGUUCGAAUGAAAUCUCAUUGCAGGUCAGUGCAUGCUAAUGCAGUUCUAUACAUG